AUGCCAAAAAACUUUACUCUGCCCACCGCACUGGAGCCGUACAAGGGAUUCAGCGACCCCCGAGCCCACGUAAAGAAGUUCCAGUCAAUGAUGUUUUUCAACGGCCCUAAGAAUGAGCCCGUUCUCUGCCGAGCAUUCCCUACCUACCUCGACGGUGCUGCAUUACUCUGGUUCUCUAAACUUCCUGAAGGUUCAAUUUCCUCCUUCGAAGAUCUUGCCAGGUCAUUCAUUGAUUACUUUGCUGCAUCAAGAAUCUACGUACAUGGAUUGGACUACCUCAGCACCAUUAAGCAAGGUCAGCACGAGAGCCUGAAGGACUACAUGACCAGAUUCGCUGACACAACUAUGGAGAUCCAGGAUUUAGACCCGGCUGUUCACCUGCACGCCCUCAAAGCCGGCCACAGGCCCGGCAAAUUCCGGGAGACCAUUGCCAUAACAAAGCCAAAGAUGCUAGAGGAAUUCCGAGAAAGGGCGGCAGGUAGCAGAGACAUUAAGAAGACUUCCAAGCUCGCAUCAAAAUACAAUACGUACACCAGAUUCAAUACCAGAAGAGAAAACAUCAUCAGAGAAAUUCUCAACGCCAAAAUCAUAAAGCCACCAAUUCGAGCAGGAAAUUACCAGGAUCAAAGGUUUGCAGAUAGGACAAAGCAUUGUGCUUUCCAUCGGAAGUUCGGUCACACCACGGACGACUGCAUAGUCGCGAAGGACCUCCUGGAAAGGCUGGCACGCCAAGGGCUCUUGGACAAAUAUAUCGAGAACCGAAGAGGCAAAGGAGGAAACUCGGAUAGGGAAGAGAACAAACAGGCAACGGCGGACAACAACAAAAAAGAACGGACAACUCCUGAUCCACCAAGAGGAGUCAUUAACCACAUAUCGGAGGGAUUCGCAGGCGGAGGAGAAACAAGCUCGGCCAGAAAGCGAAGCUACAGAGCGAUGCUAGCAAUCGAAGGAACCAUACAACCAAGGAAGGACAAAGAACCAGACGUCACAAUAUCCUUCAACCAAGCAGACUUCAAAUCGGCAAGCCCUAACCUCGACGACCCCGUGGUGAUUUCCAUCCAGGUCGGAGAACUGUUGGUAAGAAAAAUAUUGCUGGAUCCAGGUAGUAGUGCUGACGUUUUAUUUUAUUCUACAUUUACAAAAAUGAAAUUAUCAGAAAAACUAAUACAACCCUCCUCGGGAGAGAUAAUUGGGUUCUCCGGAGAGAGAGUUUCCAUCAUGGGACAUAUAUGGCUGAAGACCACAAUGGGAGAAAUCCCUAUGUCGAAGUCCAUCGAUAUUCAAUACCUAAUAGUAGAUUGUUAUAGCCCUUAUAAUAUUAUACUCGGGAGACCCGCCUUGAAUAUAUUCAAAGAGGUGGUGUCCACAUUACAUCUGUGUGUUAAGUUUCCAGUGCAGGAAAACAAGAUAGCUACAGUUCACGCCGACCAUCAGAAAGCUCGGCAGUGCUACAAUGCUUGUCUAAAGCAAGACCAGGCGAGAGAGAUAACUCGGCCCCAGGUCCAAUCCAUACAUAGCUCGGCUGACACCACCGUGCUAGCCGAUCUCGACCCAAGAGAAGACCUCGGCGAAAGACCUCGCCCAAUGGACAACCUCCAACGAAUAACACUAACGGCAGAUGACAAUCAAUGCACAUACAUCGGAAAAGCAUUAGAAGGGGAAGACCAAGCAAAACUCAUACAGAUACUGCGCAAGAACGCCGAUCUCUUUGCGUGGACACCAGAUGAUAUGCCCGGAAUAAGCCCAGAAGUCAUCUGCCACAAGCUGGCAAUUGACAGAACAGUCUGA